CUGGUCAGGGGAUGGCAGUGGCGGGGUAAAGGGCGGACAACUCGUCCUCGCUCGCGUCAAUCAUGAGCGAGGGGUGGGGCUGGAGCGCCAGGCGCCCCAGCACGUCCUGCCGGGCCGGAAGUGAAGGUGUGGGUUCGGACUCGGGCUCUGAGCGGCCCCUGCCCGGAUGGCAGCAGUAGUUCUAGGGGGAGACACCAUGGGCCCGGAGCGAAUCUUCCCCAAUCAGACUGAGGAACUGGGGCCGCACCAGGGCCCUACAGAAGGCACUGGGGAUUGGAGCAGCGAGGAGCCUGAGGAAGAGCAGGAGGAAGUCGGGUCAGGCCCAGCUGGCUACUCUUACCAGCCCCUGAACCAAGAUCCUGAACAAGAGGAGGUGGAGUUGACACCAGUAGGUGAUGGAGAUGAUGUAGUUGCUGAUAUCCAGGAGCGGAUCCAGGCCCUGGGUCUGCAUUUGCCUGACCCACCAUUAGAGAGUGAGGAUGAAGAGGAGGAGGGAGCUACAGCAUUGAGCAACCACAGCUCUAUUCCCAUGGACCCAGAACAUGUAGAGCUGGUGAAAAGGACAAUGGCUGGAGUAAGCCUGCCUGCACCAGGGGUUCCUGCCUGGGCUCAAGAGAUCUCAGAUGCUCAGUGGGAAGAUGUGGUACAGAAGGCUCUCCAAGCCCGGCAGGCGUCCCCUGCCUGGAAGUGACUACACUGAGAGCUGCCUUAUCUCCCUGCAUUCCAGGCCAGAACCAGCACAGGACUGAACACAUCCAUCUCCAUCCUCCCCAUCUCCCUUUCCACAUUAAGGCAAAUAAGACUUCUCAGAGACCCACUUUAUUCAGUUCUGUACAUAUGGGGACAUUGGCCCAAGCCCAACCCACCUUAGCAUGUAUCACUCUGUGGAGAAUAAAGCACCCUAUGUACACAGCCAA